UGACGUUUGCCGCGGCUAGUGACAGCCGGAUCGUGCGGAAAGUUUAUUUACAUGCCGUCUUCUACCUCCCGAAAAACACGAUCCCUCAGCAGUUGCGCAUCGUAAAACAAGUGAUUUUUUGUGUGUGUAAAGCUUAACAAAUUCUAACCUGUGAAAAUGCCGGCCGAUAUUCUUGGAUUCGCUUACGCAGCAACGGUGGCCGCCGGUGGCAUUGUCGGAUACGCGAAAGCAGGUUCCGUCCCCUCGCUGGCAGCCGGUCUUACCUUCGGCGCACUGCUCGGGUACGGUGCGCUGCUGUCGUCGAACGAGCCGCCCCGGCCCCUGCUGCAGAUCGGCACGGCCCUGGUGCUGGCCGGUAUGAUGGGGUCGCGGUGGGCCCGCUCGGGCAAGUUCAUGCCGCCGGGACUGAUCUGCGUGCUGUCCUGCGCAAUGCUUGCCCGCGGUCUUAUCUACCACAACCGCUAUCUGCCGAUGAUUGGCGCCAAGCAAGAGUAGAGAUUGCGUACGGGGCAGGAGGUCGUUAAAUUAUGCAUUUAUGCAACGGGCGCUGUCGGACGGGCCGGCACUGAUGCAAUAUUUCACCCAGCGCCCAAUGGGGUCGAAGGUUGUGUCGUGCCGUGGGUCGUGGAAGAUAGCGUGCGCAAAGUGACAAGAACGUCGAAUCACGGUGAUGGGAAUAUAGCGAUAAAAUAAAAGUACUAGUAUUGUUUCCAUA